AUGCACCCGCAGUACGUCCGCGGUACGCGUGCGAUACACUCGCAGUACGCGCGCCACACGCGCGCGACACGCGCUCAAUGCACCCGCAGUACGACCCGCGGUACGCGCGCAAGUAUAGUAACUCGCCAGAGUUUCCCCGCUUCACAACAUAGCGCUGGUAGCGAGAAGCCCAGAGUAGAUUCACACAAGUCGCUGGACGACUGUGGGAACACGCCGUUGGCUACAGACUCGUACCAAGUGGAAGAACCUGAGGGAGAACAGACUCAUGCAUCUGGCCAGUUGUGGCCACAGCUAGUCAGUUGUAUGAGGAGCUGA